UGCAGUUCUCCAUCACUGUAUCUGAUUCAGCUGCUGAAGAGGGAAACUUCUUGAUUUGCUCUGUAGCAGCACUUUAUGGUGUUGCAGUCUGUCAUAAUGAGGUUUCCAACCUCACUUUAUGUGUCACUGCUGCUGCUGAUUCAUGGUGAAAUAAUCAAUGGACAAACAUCAGACAGUAGUGUAUUCUAUCCAUUUGGAGCUGGAGACACAGUGAAUGGACGUAGUGAUGAUGGGAGUUCACCUGUGAUCAGCCUUCUGCAACAGUUUUUAUUUUUUGGACAUUCAUACAGUCAAAUUAAUGUCAACGACAAUGGACACUUGACUUUUGAUGGAGCAUGGUACAGCUACAGUCCAUACCAGUUCCCAGCUGGUGCCAAAGACCUCAUUGCUGGUUUCUGGACAGAUCUUGAUACUCGUGGUAAUGGUGUUGUCUCAUAUCAUCAAUAUACUUCCGGCAGUGUCCUUACACAAGCUACACAAGAUGUAAAUCAAUACUUUCCUAGCCUAAGCUUCACUGCUUCAUGGGUUUUUGUUGCAACAUGGGAUAGAGUUGCAUACUUCCCCACUACAGGAACAGAAACAUCUUUCCAGUUGGUUUUGAUUACAAACGGCCAGCUCUCAUUUGUUUUAAUGAAUUAUGGAAGAAUUGCUCCAAUACAGCGAUAUGUACAGGCUGGUUAUGACACUGCCGAUGGAAGUCAUCAUUUCUCGAUUACUGCAUCAUUUCCAAAUAACAUUACAGGCUUAACAUACAGCAGCAAUGUCAAUGUGCCAGGCAGAUGGGCCUUUAGAACAGAUUAUGGAUCAACUGGCUGUCAGUUUAAUGGUUCGCCAGUGCAGCUGGGAGACUCAUUUUGGACUGAGGCCACCUGCCAGCAAAGAUGCACCUGUACCAGAAGUGGCCUCCAAUGCAGGAUGCAGCCCUGCACUUAUUCCCAAGCUUGUCGUUCAGCUGCUUUCCAAUAUUCCUGUCAGAACGUUCAGCGGCAAACCUGCGUCAUCUCUGGUGAUCCUCAUUACUACACCUUUGACAAUCAGAUUUUUCACUUUCAAGGAACUUGCACUUAUAUUCUGUCAGAGGCUUGUGGAAAUGGUUUGCCAUACUAUCGCAUUGAGGGUAAAAACGAGCAUCGAGGUAGCACGCAUGUGUCUUGGACCCGGAUGGUUAGAGUGUUUGUGUACGAUAAAGAAAUUGAACUGAUCAAAGGUCACUAUUAUGAUGCAAAGGUUAACAGCACAUUUGUAGCAGCACCAUUUACCCUAAGAAAUGGCUCCAUUCAGGUUUAUAGAUCAGGUUUUUCCUUGGCCAUCAGCACAGAUUUUGGCCUGGUUGUUACAUAUGAUGCUAAUAGCUAUGUCACCAUAUCUGUACCCUAUGAAUACCAAAAUGGCACAUGUGGUCUGUGUGGGAACUUCAACCUGCGUCCUGAAGAUGACUUCCGUUCCCCUACUGGGGAGAUAUUUGGUUCAGAUGUGGACUUUGCCAACUCUUGGAUGGCAGAGGGAGACACAGACCCUGGAUGUCAUGCUGUCAGGUGCACCGGUCUGGCAUGUGCUGUUUGUAGCACAUAUCAAAGAAACCUUUACGGUGACAGAAGCCACUGUGGGAUCCUAGGAGAUGUUUCUGGCCCUUUUGCUGCUUGCCAUUCAGUGCUUGCACCACAAACCUUCAUUGAGAGCUGUGUCUAUGAUCUCUGCUUAGGCGAAGGUUAUCAACCAAUUCUAUGCCAGGCUCUUAAUGUAUAUGCUGCUCAAUGCCAACAGCGGGGUAUACAACCAGGGCAAUGGAGACAGCAGGGCUUUUGCGAGAUUCAAUGCCCUGUGCACAGUCAUUUUGAACCCCAAGGAACAAGCUGCCCUGCAACCUGCACCGAUCCCCUUGCUCCAAUGAACUGUCCCUUGCCCAAUCAGGAGAGCUGUAUUUGUGAUGCUGGAUACAUCUUCAGUGCUGGAACAUGUGUUCCUGAAGCACAGUGUGGCUGCAUCUUCGAGGGAUUCUAUUAUGCUGAGGGACAGUCAGUUUUGUUGGAUGAGAAUUGUGGAAGACAAUGCAUUUGCAGAAGCAGGACAAUGGUCUGUCAACAGCAUCAGUGUGGUUCAGCAGAGGUGUGUGAAGUGCAUGAUGGUGUAAGGGGGUGCAGGCCCAUCAGCUAUGCUACAUGUGCAGUUGAAGGACUGGGUUCAUACUAUACCUUUGAUGGCCAAGUCUUCAGAUAUUCAGGAGCUUGUGGAUUGACCCUUGCAAGGGUAAUGGGGCCAUCCCGGCUUCCCCACUUUGAUUUGACAGUAAGGAAGGUACCAAGAGGGCUUCAAAGCUUUGACAGGUUCCUGAAGUUUGAGACACAAGGAACUCAAGUUUCUAUUAAAAUGGGAGAAGGUAGCAAUGUACAGGUGGAUGGACAGAUUGUUAGUCUGCCCAUCAGUGUUGGUUCUGGUCAGAUUCGCAUCUAUCACAGUGGUGUCAUGGGUUUUGUUUUGGAAACAAACUUCGGGGUGACCAUUAGAGUUGACUGGCCACACAUUGUCCGAAUCACUGCGCCAAGCACCUACAAUGGUACAAUUGGAGGUCUUUGUGGGAACUUGAAUGGAAACAUUAAUGAUGAGUAUUACACUCCAGGUGGUGUCCUGCUAAAUGACCCCCAGAUGUUUGCAGAGAGCUGGCGCGAUGGGUCCCUAUCAGCCCACUGUGUGGACACAGUUGACUGGGAACCAGGACAUUAUCAAAACCGCAGCCAGUUCAGUGAGCAUUGCAGCAUCAUGACUAUAAAUGAUGGACCAUUUGCUGAGUGCAGCAGAAGACUUAACCCUUCACAGCGGAUGCAAGAUUGUAUUGAGGCUCUUGUUGAGACAAGAGGUGCCAGACAGGCCUUAUGUGAGGCUCUGCGAGGCUACACACUUCUCUGCCAACAGAGUGGCAUUGCAGUUGGAGAGUGGAGAAAUAUCACCCAAUGUGAUCCCACCUGUCCACUAAAUACCCAUUUUGAAACAUGUGGAACUUCCUGUCCUGCAUCCUGCCCUGGCCUCUCAUUUCCCUUUCAAUGCUCCCUGCAAUGCCAGGCAGGAUGCCAGUGUAAUGAUGGACUUCUGCUAAAUGGAGAUCGCUGUGUGCCCCCAACGAGUUGUGGUUGCCUUUAUGCUGAGCGUUAUCGGCAACCGUCAGAGCGAUUCUGGCAUGGAGAGAAUUGCCAGUCUUUUUGUGUUUGUGAUGGGAACACUGGGAAUGUCCACUGCACUCCAUCAUCUUGCAGUGAACAGGAAGUUUGCCGUGUAGUGGAUGGAGAGUACGGUUGCCAUGCCAGGUCACAUGGUAGUUGUUCUGCUUCAGGAGACCCCCAUUACAUCUCCUUUGAUGGAGUCUACUUUGACUUUCAGGGCACAUGCCGAUAUGUGCUGGCCACAGUAUGUAAUGACACUCGUGGUCUUCCACACUUUCAGGUCGAUGCAAGAAAUGCGCAAUGGCGUGGACUUCAGGUGUCAAUUACUGUUGAAGUCUUUGUCAAUGUCUCUGGGCAUCUUGUGCACAUGUCACAGGACACAAAUGGUUAUUCUACUGUUUCUGUUGAUGGAGAGACCAGAAACCUCCCCAUCCUCCUAGACUCUGGUCAAGUAUCUGUGUACUCCACUGGACAGCACAUAUUUGUAUCAACUAACUUUGGUUUCAGUGUGAAAUACGGUGGCUCCUGGGCGGUUAACAUCAUCAUACCAUCAAACUACAGUGGAGUUACAUGUGGUCUCUGUGGAAACUUUAAUGGCAACAGUAAUGAUGACUUCCUCACUCCUUCAGGUGUUUUGGUACCUUCAGCAGGCCAGUUUGGGGCAGAAUGGAAGGUUGAAGACGGGAUGACAUGCAAUGAUGGGUGUGGGGACAGUUGCCCUACGUGCCAAGACCAGACCAUAGCUCAUUCCUUGUGUAACACCAUCAGAGACAAUCAGGGCCCCUUUAGCUUUUGCCAUGAUGUUGUUGAUCCACAAGCAUACUUUAAUGACUGUUCAUUUGAUGUGUGCAUCUCCGAGAACCGCAAUGAUGUCUUAUGUCGCUCUGUCCAAUCCUAUGUGAGUGCUUGUCAAUCUGCCAAUGCCGUUGUCUACCCCUGGAGAGAAAAUGCAUCCUGUGUCAUGUCAUGUCCAGAGAACAGUCACUAUGAGCUAUGUGGCACAGACUGUGGGCAUACGUGCGCCAGCAGCAUUGAUGCAAGUUGUGAACACACAUGCUCAGAGGGUUGUUUCUGUGAUGAUGGAUAUGUGAGAAGUGCAGGACGUUGUGUACCUGUAGAGCAAUGUGGCUGCUUGCUUGAUGGAUUCUACUAUAACAUUGGCGAUCAGUUUUAUCAUUCAGGAUGUUCCCAACGCUGUGAGUGUUUUGCCCCGAAUGAUCUGCGCUGCUCUGCAUCCUCUUGCCCACCAGCCAUGGAGUGUACAAUCAAAAAUGGACGCCAGGGCUGCUACAGUCAACUGUCCACAUGCACAAUCUGGGGCGACCCUCACUACAUCACCUUUGAUGGAGCUGUUGCCCACUUUCAGGGAACAUGUUCAUAUGAGAUUGCUCACACCUGCGGUAAUGUAACUAAUGAUGAUCUGGCAUUCCGGGUGGUGGCCACUAACAGGCAUCGUGGGAACAUGAAGGUGUCAUUUGUCUCUGUAGUGGAAAUCCAGUUGUCUCACCAUGGGGUGGAGACACAAAUCACUAUUGGACAGAACAGAAGAGUCAAAGUUAAUGGGAUUGAUAUUGGCACAUCAGCUGUCCAAAUUAAUGAUAAUAUGGGGAUAUAUGAGGAGCAAGGAUUUGUGGUGCUGAAUGCAUUCAACGAUACCCUUAUCCAUUUCGAUGGUCAUAGCACCCUGCUAGUGCGGCUCAGUCAGCGUUACCAUAGAUCUGUAUGUGGAAUGUGUGGCAAUUUCAAUGGGGACCCUGCAGAUGACAAAACAAUGCCGAGUGGAGUCCUUGCUACUAAUGACAACGCCUUUGGUCACAGCUGGAUAUCAGAUACCAGCACCGCAGGUUGCGGUGCCAGUGACCAGGUCCAUGAUGCGGAUGACUGUCAAUUCAGACAGGAGUAUUCUGAGCUCUGUAGUGUUAUCACCAACACUUCCGGACCCUUUCACCAUUGCCAUCUUCAUGUUGACCCUGCACCUUACUACUACUCUUGUGUCUAUGACCUGUGUCUCUACACACCUGCCAAUGGCAUGUUUUGUACAGCUGUUCAGGCCUAUGAGACAGCAUGUGUCAUCUUGGGACUACAGAUCCCAGAAUGGCGCUCAAGUCUGCUUUGCCCUGUGACUGACCCAUGCUCUGAGCUCAGCUGCACUGAAGAUGAAUGGUGUGGGGAGCAAAAUGAUGUUUAUGGCUGUUUCUGCAAUGAGGACUAUCCCAGAUCUGAACCUGACACUUUUGAUUCACAUGAAACCUGCGUAAGCAGCUCUGGCUCCAUCUCUCUCUCUCGCUGUCAGCUGUUUGAGGCUGGUUUUCCAGAUACCAUUUUACACCUCAAUGACCCCAGCUGCAGAGGAACAAUCCGGAAUGACAGAGUGGAGUUCGGUUUUGAUAACGAUAACCACAUCUGUGGGACAAAUCUUGUGGCAAAUGGCACUCACUUUAUCUAUCAGAACUUCAUUAUGGGGGCACCGGAUUCCGCCAAUGGUCUCAUCAGCAGAAAGAGACUUCUGAAGCUAUCUUUCAACUGUGUAUACCCCCAAACCCAAACACUUUCCUUGAAUAUGGAAAUCCACCCAUUGGAGAGCAUUGUACACAAGAACCUUCCUGCAGGUGAGGGGAGAUAUCAGGUUCGAAUGAUUCCAUUUCAAGAUGCCGAAUUCACCCAACCCUACACUGGUAGUGUGGAUACAGAGCUCAAUCAGCAAAUAUUUGUUGAAGUUCGUGUUGAUGGGGUUGACUACCGCCAGUUUUCAUUGGUGAUUGACACAUGUUGGGCUACACCUGUGAAUGAUCCUGACUACAGCCUUCGCUGGAACCUCAUUGUUGGAGAGUGUCCCAAUCCAAAUGACAAGACAGUGGCUCUGCUCCAGAAUGGCGUCUCCACAUCCAGCCGGUUCACCUUUAGGAUGUUUACUUUCGAUGCAAACUUCACUAAUAUUUACCUGCACUGUGGUGUUCACCUCUGCCUUCUGUCAACCACUCAGUGCACAGCACAUUGUUACCCUGGAUACCACCAGAGAGCAGGCAGGUCUUUGGAGUUUCAUGACAGUGCUUCUAUAUCCCUGGGUCCUCUGGUCUCAUCUGAUGAAAACUCAGAUACAUGGGUCAGAGACAAAGUAGGAUCUGGGGCCUCAGGACUAUGUGGUUCCUUGAUAAUAUUGCUUCUUUCACUCCUGACUAUCUUCGCAAUGAUAAUGAACAACUGACACUGAAUAAAAAAUGUUUGUGGUGUGGGAACUUUAUUUGAUUAAUAAUAAUGGGAUUUAUGCUUAUGUUUAUAAUCUUCUGUUUAGUAUGGGAAAAUACAAUUAAACUUGAUUCUCUUCUUAAUACUGUUUUUGAUUUCUUGUAAACUUCUGAAAAUGAAUUGUAUUGUAGAAAUAAACAGUGGAUCUUUAUUGCUCAUA